AUGAAAAAAAGAAAUUCUUUAAACUAUUUUAAGACUAUGAUGGGACGAAAAUCAAUAUUAUGUCUUCAUCAUAAAAACCUUAUUCUUCCUGGCCGAUUCUACAAGAAACCACUAGAAUGGACAGGUAGGCGAAUUGCUAUGUCUCCAUUCUUUAAAAAUAUUCUAAAUGAAGACGAAGAAGAAAACUUCAAAAAAUAGGAGAUCUUUUAUGAUCCACAUGCUUAAUAUAUCAAUAUAAUUAAACACUGUUAAGUUAUCUUAUUCAAUUGA